AUGGUUCACCUUUGCAGAAUUUGCCUCCGUAAAUAUGGAAACUUUGUGGACAACCUCCGACUGUAUGUCCGCGGAGGGACUGGCGGCAUGGGCUUGCCCCGUCUUGGUGGCCAGGGAGGAAAAGGUGGUAACGUUUGGGUGGUAGCCACAAAAAAUAUGACCUUGAAAGGGAUCAAGGACAAGUACCCACAAAAACGCUUUGCUGCCGAUGCAGGAGCCAACAGCAGUGUGCGUUCCAUAAAAGGAGAAAAAGGGAAGGACCGAGAGAUUUUGGUUCCUGUAGGAAUCACAGUCACCACUGACGAUGGCAGCGUACUUGGUGAGCUGAACGCGGAGGGCGAUCGUGUGCUGGUGGCAAAAGGAGGACGCGGAGGUGUCCUUUCUUCUGCCUUCCUGCCCAGUAAAGGCCAGUCUAGACCGAUAAGACUGGACCUCAAACUCAUCGCUGACAUGGGCCUGCUAGGGUUCCCGAACGCAGGCAAGUCUUCACUGCUGACAGCCUUAUCGAACGCCACUCCAGAGAUAGCCAGCUACCCUUUCACUACAUUGAGACCCCAGAUUGGUAAACUAUUGUAUGAAGACCACAUGCAGAUCUCUGUCGCAGACCUGCCGGGCUUGAUUGAAGGCGCUCACAUGAACAAAGGGAUGGGACACAAAUUUCUCAAGCAUGUGGAGAGAACCAAGCAGCUGCUCUUUGUGGUGGACGUUUGCGGCUUCCAGCUCGCAAGUAAAACGCCAUUCAGGUCGGCUUUUGAGGCUGUGCAGCUACUAAACAAGGAGCUGGAGUUGUACAAGGAGGAGCUCUUGAGCAAACCUGCUCUUCUGGUGGUCAACAAGAUGGACCUGCCAGAUGCAGAAAACAAGCUAGAAGAACUGAGAGAGCAACUUCUCAAUCCGCUAGAUUUCCUCCAUACGUUGCCUGAUAACAUGAUACCGAAGAAUCACAUAGUGUUCAGGCACGUGGUGCCUGUCUCCGCCGCCACCGGGUAUGGUGUGGACUCCUUGAAAAGUUUCAUCCGGGAGUCGCUUGAAGAAGAAGCCUCAAAGGCCACAGAGGAGAUGCGUCAGGAAAGACUGCAGCUUCUUAGAGGAACCUCGCAGUAA